UCUAUCCAUCUCCUCACAUCUCCUUCCCAAAACCCUCAAAACCAAAAAAUAUCUAUCCAAAAUCAUGGCAUAUGAAAACUUUAAAAAAUAUCUCAAUCUUCAUCGACAAAUAUUUUGACAGAAACCACAAAAAAUAAUUAAUGGCAGCUUUGGCAUCAAACCCUCAAAUGCUAACAAGGCAUGCUCAUAGUAGUAACAAGAAGGAACAGUUUCGGAAGAGGGAGAGUCUGAAUUUGGAGAACAAGUGUGGGUUUUGUGUGAGGAAGGUUCACAGUAUUAAUGAAAAGCUUGGUAAGUCGGAGAACGAGUGGAGACUAAAAGCCUUUUGGUCAUCAAACACAUAUCAGCCUACGACUCUGGAGAUGGAACCCAUCAACAGCGUUGAAGAACUUGAUGCUGCUCUCUCUCACGCUCGCCAACUCUCUCAGCCUAUCAUCAUCGACUGGAUGGCUUCUUGGUGUCGGAAAUGUAUCUACUUGAAGCCUAAGUUGGAGAAAUUGGCCGCAGAAUAUAAUAACAGAGCAAAGUUUUACUACGUGGAUGUAAACAAGGUCCCUCAAACAUUGGUGAAACGUGGAGACAUUUCGAAAAUGCCCACCAUUCAGCUAUGGAUGGAGGAUGAGAUGAAAGAAGAAGUGAUUGGAGGUCACAAAGGAUGGCUUGUCAUCGAAGAAGUUAGAGAAUUGAUCAACAAAUAUGUUUAAAUUUUCAUUUUUGUCACUUCCUUUGUUUUUUUAUAAUUAUUAUGUACAGUAAGUUUUUUUUUCAUUUAGU